CAAGAAAUCCACAUUUCCUAGCUUAGGAGUCCUAAGUUAGGACCUCCAGACUCUGACUCGACGCAGUCACUUCCUGCCAAGAAUCAGCGCCAAAGACGCCGCAGACCAUCGUAUCGCUGCUGCUGCACAAGCACCCGCGGAAGGCAACAACCCAAGUGUCCAUCCGAAUCUGCAGCGCAAAUCCCCACCGCAAACAAACAGGCAAGCGCCACCAGACAGCAGCAAGCGAGCGAAACGUCGUUGUCUCUUUCUUUGGACACCUCCAACGGCUCCCAGUUGACAAUUUGCUUCUCAAGCACUAAGCACCAAUUUCGACUGGCUAAAUACCAAUGCGACGAGUCGGAUGCACGCUAUUUGAGGUCUCGAGCCGCGUCAAGCCGCUCUCGACGCGGCAGCGGCCUCUAGGUCGCGCGUUUGCGACGGCCUCGCGUCUUCUUGAUUGCGAGAACGACACGCAGCGCCUAAGCCGUGUUGUGUCGGCCAAGCACGUGAAUGACAGCCACCAGCACUACCUUUACUACCACAGCAGCAGCCAACACGGGGCAAUGGAGGGAGAGGACGCCGAGGAACACCACCACCACCACCACCACGAACAAGUUAAGGACACGAGCUCCUUCUCCCGCGAAUUUGAGAAGCCUCGGAUGGACGCCAGCUUCCUGGUGAACAACUACACAGCACCAGCACUCGCUGCAGCCUACCAAGACCGCGAAUACACGUUGUGGCUAUGCGCUGAGCUCCUGAGUGAGGGAAAGCUAGACGAACUGGAAGCUGUACUCAAGCCUUACCACGACUUUGCUCAACACGACAUCAAUGCACAGAGGCGAACGCCGCUUGCUAAUGCAUUCAGCAAGCGUCAUCUCGAGCGUAUCCGCAAGCGAUUAAGUCGACUGCCACGACAGAUCACAAAGGCUUACUCAGCACGUGCAGCUGUGGUCAUCCCGCUCUGCACAUUCGAAAGCGAACCGUCCGUACUCUUCACAUUGCGUUCACUCACCGUUGGCAAGCACAAGGGCGAGGUGUGCUUCCCUGGGGGAAUGGUGGACCCCAACGACUCGUGCAUUGAAGGCACUUGUCUGCGUGAGAUGAACGAAGAGGUCGGACUGGCUCCAGAGGGUGUCGAUGUCCUCGGUGUGUUACGCUGCGACUGGUCCAGCGUCACUUCAAUCACAGGCAUUGCCGUCACACCCGUCGUGGGUUUUAUCGGCGAGAUGAGCGACCGGACUGUUGCAAUUAACGAGGACGAAGUGGAGUCGCUCUUCACAGUGCCACUACGCGAUCUGAUGAACCAGGACAACUGGAUCCGCCACAGCAACGCCACUCCAGUCUUCACAGGCGGCCCACACGUGAUCUGGGGACUUACAGCCUACCUCCUGGACAUUUGCCUAUCUGAAGUACUCCAGAUCAGCGACUAAAUUCUGAAAAGAUGAGAAUAUAUUUUGAACUCUGUAUCAAUACAAAUUCUUCUCUUGUUUUUAGAAA